AUGGCGAGCCCGGCGCCUGCGGAGCACGCCGCGGAGGGAUGCCCGGCCCCGGCUGCCGCGGAGCGGGCGCCGCCGCCGCCGCCGCCGCCGCCGCCGCCGCCCCGGGCUCCCCCCGAGGAGCAGGGAGAGGAGGCGCGGGAGGAGGGGGCGGUGGCGGUCAUCGCGGGCCGACAGGUGGAGGAGGCCGCGGGCGGGGCGGCCGCCGCCGUGACCUGGCUGCUGGGGGAGCCGGUGCUGUGGCUGGGCUGCCGCGCGGAAGAGCUCCUGAGCUGGGAGAGGCCGCUGCGCAGCCUGCUCGCCUUCGUCGGGGCCAACCUGCUGUUCUGGUUCCUUGCACUGACUCCGUGGAGAGUGUAUCACCUGAUUUCUGUCAUGAUACUUGGGCGUGUCAUUAUGCAAAUAAUAAAGGAUAUGGUUUUGUCUAGAACUAGAGGUGCACAGUUGUGGAGAAGCCUCAGUGAAAGCUGGGAAGUUAUCAAUUCCAAACCAGAUGAAAGACCAAGGCUCAGCCACUGUAUUGCAGAAUCAUGGAUGAAUUUCAGCAUAUUUCUUCAAGAAAUGUCUCUUUUUAAACAGCAGAGCCCCGGCAAGUUUUGUCUCCUGGUCUGCAGUGUAUGCACAUUUUUUACAGUCUUGGGAAGUUACAUUCCUGGGGUUAUACUCAGCUAUCUACUGUUACUGUGUGCAUUUUUGUGUCCACUGUUUAAGUGUAAUGAUAUUGGACAAAAAAUAUAUAGCAAAAUCAAGUCAUUUCUGCUGAAACUAGAUUUUGGAAUUGGAGAGUAUAUUAAUCAGAAGAAACGUAAGAGAUCUGAAGCAGAUAAAGAAAAAAGCCAGAAAGACGACAGUGAAUUAGACCUUUCAGCUCUUUGUCCUAAGAUUAGCCUCACGGUUGCUGCGAAAGAGCUGUCCGUGUCUGACACAGACGUGUCUGAGGUCUCCUGGACUGACAAUGGGACCUUCAACCUUUCAGAAGGAUACACUCCACAGACGGACACUUCGGAUGAUCUUGACCGGCCUAGCGAAGAAGUUUUCUCUCGAGACCUUUCCGAUUUUCCAUCUGUAGACAAUGGCAUGGGAACAAAUGAUGAAGAUGAAUUCAGCCUCGGCUUGCCCACUGAGCUCAGGAGAAAAAAGGAGCAGUUGGACAGUGGUCCCAGAGCAAGCAAAGAGAGGCAGUCAGCCGCUGGUCUCACCCUUCCUCUGAGCAGUGACCAAACCUUUCACUUGAUGCGUAACCUGGCUGGGGAUGCCAUUACGGCUGCGGUGACUGCUGCCAUCAAAGAGCAGUUAGAGGGCGCUGCGCAGCAAGUGCUCUCUCAGGCUGCCCCCAGCCCAGGAGAGGACACAGACACUGAAGAAGGUGAUGACUUUGAACUACUUGACCAGUCAGAGCUUGAUCAAAUUGAGAGUGAAUUGGGACUUGCACAAGACCAGGAAGCAGAAGCACAGCAAAAUAAGAAGCCUUCGGGCUUCCUUUCAAAUCUACUCGGAGGAGGCCAUUAGUCUGGGAAUCAACUGGUUCAACACAGCACAGAUAUAACUACCAAAAAAUUA